AUGGGUACCCUACUCCCUGGCCGACGGCCACCCCGAAUGUCGAGAAGAGAGAUCACGUUAGCCGUGAAGAUGGAAAGAGAAGGUGCCGAGAUGAUGGAGCGGCGUGGAAUACCCUUGGAUUACGAUAUCAUGACCUAUGAUAAUCGCAGUGAAUCUUAUCGGUUGCCCAGGGAAGGCAAUCUUCAAGUCCGGCGUGCCCCAUACGAAGUGCGGCCUCCAGCUCACACAGGUGUACAAUAUUCGAUCAACGCCGAAGGAGUAUUUACUCUAUCAUUGAAUAAUGCCACACAGUUACCUGAGUAUGACUGGAACUCUUUCAAACUGGAUACGGACCACCAUAUGUGCCAGGCCUGCUGUGAUGUCUUCAACUACUAUUGUCGAUACAAGGAGGCUCGCUUAGAGCACUACCAAAAUCAGCCAAAAGAAAAACAGAAUGAAUUCGCUCUUCCCAAUGCAGUCGUGCAUCACUUCAACAUUUUCUCCUUGCUCGCAUGGGCCACAAUCGACAAGUGCUGGCUAUGCCAGACACUGCUCAAGAACAUCAGCUUCAAGUUUGGCCGCUCUUUGCAUGCCCAGAACUACGAGGACUUUCGCACACAGCUGUGCUGGUCUCAAGCAGUGAUUAUGGACCAAAAAGAGAUUUUGUAUUUCGUCAUGACUGAUCCGUCAAAACCAGUUGACAACUGGAACUUCUCACAUUUCUAUCGAAUGGAAGCGUGGUCAGUUGAUUCUCUUCCUCGUCACUACGACCCUGUACCUGGCAACGAUCUUAAUGGAAUCCCUCAGCUGUCAGAACUGAGUCUAAGGGAUUUCACUAGCACUGGCUCCCCGAACUCUCAAACAAUCGCCAAUUCAUGGCUUUCUCAAUGUAAAAACAACAAGGAUGGGAAGCAUCACGAGUGCAACAAGAGAGACAGUAACUAUAUCCCCACUCGACUUCUCGACAUCCGACAUGCGCAACAGAAGUCACUCUUGCGGCUAGUCUGUUCAGAUAUCACACCAGAACUUUUUGCAGAGGACCGCGAAUGGAUGACCCUGAGUCACUGUUGGGGGGAAUGGGGCGCCAGGGAAAACCCGAUUCUAGUCAAAAGUAACCUGAAAGAGAGACAGGAAACUGGAUUGAAGGUAGCCGAUCUUCCACAGACAUUCCAAGAUGCCAUCGAAAUAGCUGGCUGGUUCGGAAUCAAUUGGCUAUGGAUAGAUUGUCUGUGUAUCAUCCAAGACUCUCAAGAGGACUGGCUCCAUGAAGCUGGCAUGAUGUCUCAAAUCUACCAAAACGCACAACUCAACGCAUCAGCAGAUAUUGGCGCAGAUUCUCGUGCAGGCUGUUUUACCGAACGUGAUGAGACUGACAUCACACCUCUUCAGAUCAGCUCUCCGCAAAUCUCCAAGACGUGGAUGGUUCUACCAGAUGUCACGUACAUGUUCGACUGGAUGUCGCAAGCUACAUCUCUAUCUCGGGCGUGGAUACAUCGAGAACGACAGCUUGCGAGGCGCGUUCUACAUUUCACAGAAGGAGAGUUGGUUUGGGAAUGCUGCGGUACCAAGGGAACUUCAUUUGCAAGCGAGAUGCUUCCUGGUGGCGCACCCUUCGAGAAUGGCUUGUUCAACAUGGAUCACAAAUAUCAAAUUGGAAGGCUGCAACAGGGUUUGAUGGAAGGUGACGAGGAGACUUACGCCACUUGGAACGACGUGUGUGAAAACCUCUCAGAGAAGGAUCUGACAAAACCUUCGGACAUGCCCAUGGUACUUUCCGGCCUUGCGAAAGAUUUCGCCAAUGUCCUUCCAGGGGAUACAUACAUUGCGGGACUCUGGCGAUCAACGCUACCACACAGUCUCCUUUGGAAUACCACACGAUUCAAGGAGCCUGAAUUAGAGUUUAUCGCCCCCUCAUGGUCAUGGUUAUCAUCUGGUACUGGUGUAAAGCUCGCAAACCGAUCCAAUAUCGCCACAAAACAUCCAAUUGCCACAAUCCUGAAUAUCUUAUUCCCAGAUCCAGAAACGCCAGACUUUGACGUCAAAGUACUUGAGGACGAUGACGAUGAAACCGACUAUGAAACUUGGCGAGAGAUUGGGCCUUCCUGGGACGAGUUCUUUGGGGAAGCUUGUGUCCUGAGUCUUGACAGCGAGCUCGAAGAGCCAAUUCUUGACUGUUGGUGCCUGUUCGUCGCUUUUCAGCAGUGGUUUGACAGCAGCGCAAGCCGAGACCUCUCUUGUCUCCUACUACAAGAUGUCGAUGGUGCAGAAGAGACAUUCCGACGUAUCGGGACUAUAGUGUUCAAGCAUACACCUGCGUUGAAGAUGCGAUACUGGAUGACACAUGACCUGAAGGAAAGUAUGUGGAAGGAUAUAGAGAGGAUUAUCAGCAAUAGGCAGAACAAGCUCAGGCCAGAUCCCAAUCGGGCGGGAGAUUCGGAAGACGAUACGGAAAUUGAAGAUGAUGCAAAGAACGUCACCGCAGGUACUAUGGUAAGGGACGCUGGGAAACAACUCGAGGUUGUCGAUGCAUUGUAUCAGUUUGAUGAUAUCAUUGCCUCCAAGGAGCUUGACAAGCUCUUUGACAGACUUGAGCCUGUCAAACUAGUAAUUGUCUGA